AUUUCGCAUGUCUGAGCAGCGCCAUAGUUCGUGUGCCGAAAGUCACGUAAUCCACGUUUGGGAUGCAUUUUUUACCUUCGACUCGUCUGGCUUGGUGGUGCAUUGGAGUGAGUGGGUCAGAGCGUGCAAUGCAAUCACCUGCGAAGGGUAAACAAUCCCCUUCUUAGGCGCCGCCUUUCAUCGCGCAUCGUCGUUUCUACUCCAGACACAUAGGCUUUUUUUAAACGAUUAACAACACCAUUUGAACGUGAGCAUCUGAACGGAUGGCUUGCUGUAUGUAGAAAAGUGCGCAUUGCUGACCCUGUUGACCCUGUGACUUCUGUAGUGGAAAGUGGAAAAUUUGAAGAUUGGCCAACGGGUUAUUUAGGAACGUGAAACAAAGCUACGCGAAUAGUGAAAAGGUUGCUGGUGUUACCAUGGCAGCAGUGCAGGUGGAACAGCAGCUCCCGUUGGCGAACGACACGAAGAUCGUAAAGGCGAAACCAGUCCGCAAGGUUUUUAAGGGCGCAUCACGCGUUAUCAACAAAAUACCCGCCACCCUGCUAAACGAUGUUGAACUUAACGAGGCCAUCGCGGCUCUACCCACGAACUACAAUUUCGAGGUGCACAAAACCAUUUGGCGCGUGCGGGAAACGAAGGCCAAACGAGUGGCACUGCAGAUGCCAGAAGGUCUGCUAAUGUUCUCGCUCGUGCUCAGCGACAUCAUCGAGCGCUUUACAGAGGCGGACACCGUCAUCAUGGGAGACGUAACGUAUGGUGCGUGCUGUGUGGACGAUUUCACAGCCAAAGCCCUCGGGGCGGAUCUGCUCGUACACUACGGCCACAGCUGUCUCAUCCCCAUCGAUCAGACCACGGGCAUCAAGGUGCUGUAUGUGUUCGUAGACAUCAAGAUCGAUACACUGCACUUUGUUGAGAGCGUCAAGCUGAACUUUCCCCGCGACCGUAAGCUUGCCUUCGUCAGUACAAUCCAGUUCGUAGCCACACUGCACGCAUCUGCAAAGGAGCUACGAGAGGACGGAUAUGACGUCCUAAUUCCCCAAUCGAAACCACUGAGUCCGGGUGAAAUUUUGGGCUGUACGGCACCCCGUCUGGCCAAUGGGAGCGAUCCGGAUGGAACAUCCCGUACCCUUAUUUACCUUGGCGAUGGACGAUUCCAUCUGGAGGCGGCCAUGAUUGCAAACCCGGCACUCGAAGCAUACAAAUACGAUCCGUACGAGAAAAAGUUCACCCGCGAGCUGUACGACCACGAAACGAUGCGUCGCAACCGAAAGCAAGCGAUCGAUGACGCUCGCGAUGCACGGCGUUUCGGGCUCAUAUUGGGGACACUCGGACGGCAAGGUUCAACGAAAGUGUUGGAGCAUCUGGAGGGACGCUUGAAACACCACGGACGUGAAGCGGUCAUCAUACUACUAUCGGAGAUCUUCCCCACGAAACUCGCCCGCAUGGAGCACAUCGAUGCAUUUGUCCAGGUCGCCUGCCCGAGGCUUUCGAUCGACUGGGGUACCGCCUUCCCGAAACCGUUACUUACCCCGUACGAACUUUCCGUAGUGCUCGGAGAUGCCGAAUGGAACAUACCGGAGUGUACUGCAGCAACCGAACAGAAACCGAAACCCGUGCCCAACUUGGAGGUUGCUUAUCCGAUGGAUUUCUAUGCUAACGCGAGCCUCGGCCAGUGGACACCCAACUUUAAGAAGCUUGAUAUAUGCGAAAACUCAAACGGUGGAUGCUGUGGUCGAUGCAAGGAGGAAAAGGAUAAGGCGGAUGGGAAGGAAACAUCGUCGCACAUCGCUGCACAAGAGGAAUAGUUCGCAUUCGAUGGGUUUUAGCUGCUUGCUUGGUGCUGCUUUUGCGCUGACUGACUGCAUGCAUUGAAACAUUAGUGUGCACUAGGUAAACGAAUACUGCCACCAACGAAAUGUUACGAAACAAAUGUAUCGUAUACUCGCGUAGUUGAUAAGAUUGUGUAAAUAAAUGACAUACCAUAUUUAAAUAA